AUGGCGGAAUCACCCAGUAGCGACCCCGACUUCCUCCAUCGGGAGGAGGACUGGCCCGACCCUGAUGUCGACUCGAGUACCGAGGAGGGCGCCGAGAUCAUGCGGCUGCAGGCAGCCUACGGAAACCUCCCCACGAGCCUCUACGACAAGACCCGGGACCACCAGGACCAGCUUACCGAAGCGGAGCGCCAGCUGCUCCUCAGCCGCGGCGACGUCCUCGGCAAGGCACUUGCUUAUCCCGAUUCCCUGACCACCGAGGAGAUUCACGAAGCUCGCGGGUGGCCACCGCCGGACAUAGUACGCGCCAACAUCCAGCGCGCAACCGGUGGCAGGCUUAGUACGCCGGCCGAGCUACACGCCAAGGCCAAGAACGCUUUCGACCGCGGCCAGUUCGACGCCGUCAUCAGCGACGACGAGGCCUUUCUGAUCGCUCACAACUUCUACGAUCGAGACGAGUAUGACCCUUGCCGAGCCAUGGCGGCCCACGCGAUUCCGGGGUUUGGACACGUCCUCACAUUACUGUCGCGCCGCCUGGGGCUGGACCUUGCUGUCUGGAAAGCUUGCGCAGAACGCGACCGUCGCACCCCACUUACAAUCACACCGCCACCCGUCCCCUCUGCAGUACCGGUCCCCUCGCGAGUCGACCUCGUCGGCUCGGGCCCCUGGCCUGACACGUACGGGUACGGGGGUGUCGGCGGUUUCCAACUAUUCCAGCAGGACACCGGCUCCCCCGACUUCGCGUGCGACGCCGCGCCGGGCUGGGCGGCCCUGCCCGAGGACCAGAAGGAAGCGUACCGCGCGCGGGCCGAGUUGCUACGCCGCGAGGCCUGGGCCGACUAUGAGUUGAGACUCGCCUACGAUGACGCGGGGUUACUCGGGCUCGCGUACCCCAACCCCAACCUGGCGCCUCCUCUCUCAGGGUUCGAGGUGUUUCGCAACGAGCUCGUGGCCGGCGAUGGCGGGCUGGGCUUCUGGGAGGUGUUGGCUUGGUGGGAAGCGCUGAGCCACGAACAGCGGACGUCGUACGAAGUACGGGCGUGGGAGGUGAGGGCGGCCGCGGCGCAGUGA